CCACCAGCCCGGCCCAACAUUUACCAAAGGAUGGGCGCCCACCCCAUUAUCGCUACUAGACUAGUGACGCUAUAUUUGAGAGCCUGAGGCACAACGAAUGACUUCUCUUCGGCUUUUCGAUAUUCACUUCGCCUCCAUGACUCUCUACGUUUCGACAAAACAGUUUCCUCCUUCCAAAUCCUUGUUGCAAAUUUUUGCAACAGCUUUGGUUGGGCGCAUGCACAUGUAGAUGAUUAAGCUGACUACAUACAUGUUGUCAUUGCUACAUCAAGUGCUAAAAAGUGUUGCGUGUGACUGUCUAGACAAAGGGAUCCACCACCCAGUAACCUGGUAACACGAGAAGGGUUGCACGUACCUCAUGAGUGUAGCCGACUGUUCAAAAAGCUGGGAUUUCCCGAUAUUAUCCACGAUGAAAGUCCAAAUGCCGCUCGAAUCUCACAAACAAAUGCUCUGUGUUCCCUUCUAAUGCUCCACAAUGCUCUGAUGAAUAAUUUCGUUGAUGCCAUCUUCAAAAUUUAGUAGUGGUAGAUUUUUCUUUUGACCAGACGGCUGAUGCAGUGCUCGUGCUGGUGUCUGCAAGCGUCGUCCGGUCUCGUCUGUUCAAAAGGAAAUUCUACCAAUGCCCUGAUGCUCCGAUAGUCCCGUAAUGCCGAAUAUAAUGCCGGCAUUAUCCGCUUGGACCCUAACCAUCAUUGGCAUAAUUCAGGAUGUUUUCUUACUUUGUUUUAUUUCGCAUAUCCAAAUGGGAAUUCCUUCCCAACCUUUCCCCCUAAGAACCGAAUAAUGCAUCAUUUCUGUGCAUGUGAUGCACGGAUGGUUGACAUCUUGAUUUUUAGUUCGCUAUUUACCAGUGACCAUGAGAGGAUCUGAACAAUGUCGAUUUCGAAGAGGAAAACGAGGAUGAGUGGGCAGCUGCGGAUGAGGAUAUGUCCGACUCUGAGAGCAAGGCCGGCCGUAAGACUGCGUCAAAGAUAGCCACCACACCAAAGUCUAAAACCGCCGGCAAAGGUUAUGGUGGCAUGGCCACAGCAAAUCCCUUCCAAUUGUCCGGUAGUAGUUCACUAGCAUCACCGACAACACCAUCAGAUCGUGGCGGCAGCUACCUGGAUAAGCUUAGUUCAACAACACCGGUAUCAUCUCGUAAGAGGAAAGCAGAGAAGAGUCCUGCGCCGGCAAGGCGCUAAAGGAAAAGAACGGUACGAAGGGCACAGGCAGUGGCAACAGCAGCACUGCUGGUACAGGCAUCUCUUCUCUCCUCCAUCUCUGGCAAACCGUCAGCUGGUACGACUACCUCAGUGGCACCUGUCCACUCAACGGGUACUACCGAGAUGGUGAUGGCGAUGGCGGCCAAGGGCAAGAAAGGACGGCCGAAAAAGUGCGUGAGGAAAGGCGAGGAGGCAGCGUUCACCGUGUGGUUCUCUGGUCAGGAAGACGGCUUGAAAGACGAGUUUCCUCAUAUGUCGGCCAGUGCUCUUCGUGAAGAAGCAGAACGACGCUGGGGUGCUUUGCCCGCUGAUGACAAAGAGAACCUGACAGCAGAAGCAAAGGCGGCUGCUAAGGCCAAGGCUGGUGCUGUGUUUGGCCGCAAGGCUCCCAGGACAUCCACAGCGAAUGGUGACCCAGGUCCUGCUGCUGCUGCAGUGUUAUCGUCGUCGCCAUCACCCCUGGUGACCGACAGUGACCGCUGCUAAUGCCAACGGUGACAACGUCUCCGCCGUCACCUCCAUCGGCCUCCUUGAUGACCGUACUUGUUUGUCACCGCCGGUCAAGCGGUCGCGUGGUGCACGCUUCAUAGACAGCGAUGAUGACGAGGUUGAUGAUGCAGUGGAGAAUGACGGUAGUGCUGCUGCUGCUGCCACAGAACAAGCUGCUCCGGCCGCCAAGCGAGCAAAGCUGCCGGAAGCGAGCACGGCCAACAUUGUAGCGCAGUCCACAAAGGCGUCUGCGCAGAAGCUUGCAAACUUCGCGUUCGCCAAGUAAUCCACGCCAGCAAUGUGCCCCACCAACACUUUAUUAUCAUAACUAUUAAUUUGUACUUGUAUCUCAGGCAUUGCAGGCAAGCCUCCUAGAAUUCCACCCCCGUUUGCCUAGCCCCCCCCCCCCCCCCCCCGUAGUGUAGCUUAGGCACAUGAUAUCUACUGCGUAGUGGGUAGCGACGUUUGUGAAUGUCGUGUUUGCGUGCAGCUUCACCCCCUGCAUUAACUAUAGCAUUGGUGGAUUCGUUUUGGUCUUCGGCUUUUUCACCCGAAAAAAAAUCGAGUAACCGUUUCCAUGCCAACCGGUACUGUUACCUGGAAGUACUCAUCUGUAGACAGAUGAAAUUAGAACGGUCUAGGCCACAAGGCUGCCCCCCCCCCCUUCC